AUGGAGGACAGUGAGCUUGCUGCUAUUCGUGCUCGCCGUAUGGCAGAGAUGAAAGCCCAAAGCGGAGGAUCUCAAUCAAGUGAUUUAUCUUCUAUUUUGGGUCAACAACGAGCUGGUAGUGGAGAUGCAGCAGCCGAAGCCAAAAAAAACGAUCAAGAAGAAAUGCGGCGGAACAUGGUCUAUCAAAUCUUGGAUAACGGUGCCAGGGAAAGACUGGCUCGUAUCAAGAUGGUUAAAGGCGACAAGGCCAGAGCGGUUGAGGAUAUGCUAAUUAGAAUGGCACAAACAGGACAGAUUCGAGGAAAGGUUGGCGAAUCUCAACUGAUUGAUCUUUUGGAACAAAUCAACACACAUCAACAGUCUAGUACAAAGAUUACGUACAAUCGCCGACGUGAUGAGCACUCGGACGAGGAAGAUUGGGAUCUUUAA